AAUGUGGAGUAGCAAAAUAUCCGAGCUGUUGCGUUACCAAUAUCCGCUGGAUUCUUAAUGCUCCCUCUGAAGCUUUAGUUAAAUAAAAAACCCUAGUUUUUUUUAAUCGAAAUUUGCUAGAAAAUCAGUUGUCUCCUUUCCCCAUGGCCUCUUAGACUCUCACAUUCUUCUUCCUUCUUCUUUUUUGUUUUGGGGAAGAGAAGGUGGCAAAGCAGAUAAAGGUGGAAAUUUUUUAUAUCUCAGGCUGAUUCAUCUUUCUUAUACAAAAACAAGGCAAGAUGGAUCAGAUGUCAUCUGAUAACAUUAAUGGACUCAUAUUAGCAGUCUCCUCAAGUAUCUUCAUUGGCUCUAGCUUCAUUAUCAAGAAAAAAGGUCUCAAGAAGGCCGGUGCAUCCGGGGUCCGAGCAGGUGAAGGAGGACAUGGAUACUUGUAUGAACCAUGGUGGUGGGCUGGAAUGAUUACGAUGAUUGUUGGGGAAGUAGCCAAUUUUGCAGCCUAUGCAUUUGCACCAGCUAUUCUAGUCACACCUUUGGGAGCUCUUAGUAUUAUAUUCAGCGCAGUGCUAGCUCAUUUCAUUUUGCAAGAGAAACUUCACAUAUUCGGAGUGCUUGGUUGCGUCCUCUGUGUUGUUGGGUCUACAACGAUAGUCUUACACGCCCCUCACGAGCAGGAAAUAAAAUCUGUCAAGCAAGUUUGGAAGCUUGCUAUUGAACCAGGGUUUCUAGUGUACUCUGCUGUGAUCUUGAUUGUGGUGCUUGUACUCAUCUUCUACUAUGAACCUCGCUAUGGGAAGACUCAUUUGAUAGUUUAUGUUGGAAUCUGCUCUUUAAUGGGUUCUCUCACUGUUAUGAGUGUGAAAGCUGUGGCCAUUGCCAUAAAGCUGACGUUUUCAGAGAUGAAUCAGUUCAAAUACUUCCAAACUUGGAUUUUUAUUAUAGUAGUCACGGUUUGUUGCAUUUUGCAAAUCAAUUACUUGAACAAGGCAUUGGAUACGUUCAACACAGCGGUUAUUUCUCCGGUUUACUACGUUAUGUUCACAACUUUCACCAUUAUAGCUAGUAUGAUCAUGUUCAAGGAUUGGGCUUCGCAGAGCGGGUUAAAGAUCGCUACACAACUGUGCGGUUUUGUCACCAUUUUGUCAGGAACGUUUCUGCUACAUAAGACUAAAGAUAUGGGAAACAGUGCGAGUGGUCGUGGAGCUUCCUCUACGCCUAGAGACAAUCCUGUCUUCACCAGUCCAGGAUCUGGUCGGAGCUCCACCUCAGAUAAAAUAGCCUCCUGAGAAUUUUUUAUCAUCCAAAUGUUUGAUCUAACAUUCCAGAUUCUUCUAUAUACGUAGACACGAGCACAAGGAUGUGUGUUUGUAUGUUGAUGAUUUUGUUAGGAAUAUUUGACUGAUUGUUUUUUUUUUAUAUUGUUUCCCACAUGAAAAAUGUAACUUUACGAUUAAAAGAAAGAACUAAAAUACUUUUAAAGUAGAUGUAUAACAAUGGUGCGCA